CUGAUCGUUUUCUCAGCACCGUUAGAUUAACGUUAAAGCGAGCAGCAGUCUCUACAUUGCAGCUGUAAGUCAGAAAUCUUUGGUCAAACAUGUGAGGAAGAACAAGCUGGACUAAAACUGCCUGAAAUUGAUGCACAUUUUUAAAGCCAUUCGACGUCAAACUAAAACUUUCUUCAUCUUGAGUUCAGGCUUUAUUUAAACGGAUGUAACCAAACUGGGAAACCUGCCACCCUCACAGUCUGGCAGAGUUUAGAUCCUAAUCAAUCUGCUGAUUAUUUAAGCCAGAAAUCGCUGAAACAAACCAAGUUAGAUGAUUAAAUGUCCAUGACAGACGUCUUCAUGGAACCGGAUGAAGAACAGGCUGAUGCUGUCAGAGUGACAUAAUUAGUUUAAUCACCAAGUUUUUGUCUUUUUUCACUGGUCUUCUCUCCUCUGAAGACUGUGCUGAAGGUUUGGCAGCUGAUGUGUACUUUCUAGUGGAUUCGUCGUGGAGUAUGGGGCAGGAGAACUUUGAACAUGUCAGAAGGUUUCUGUUGACCUUGAUCAAAGCUCUGCACCAGGUGGGAGGAGGCCGCUUUAGGUUCGCCCUCAUACAGUUCUCUAGCAGACCCCAAACGGAGUUCCACCUCAACACCUACCCAACGACGCAGGACAUCCUGGGACACGUUAGGGCCAUGUCUUACCGCGGCGGGGGCACCCGGACCGGCCUCGGCCUGGAAUUCCUGCUCCGAACACAUUUGACCUCAGCUUCGGGAAGCCGAGCGACGGAAGGCGCGGUCCAGGUGGCGCUGGUCCUGACGGACGGCCGAUCGCAGGACGACGUUGCCGAGCCGGCUCAGGUGCUCCGGAUGGCCGGCGUGGAGAUGUUUGCUGUGGGAGUUCAGGAUGCGGUGGCGUGGGAGCUGCGGGAGAUGGCGAGCCAGCCAGAAGAUUCCCACGUGUUCAAUGUGGACUCCUUCCUGAAGUUACAGGAUAUCAUUCAGGAUGUAGUAGUGAGUGUUUGCAGCGCAGUGACCCGGGUGGGGGGUGGUCCUUUGGUCAAUGAGGCCCCAAUGGCUGGACAAGGGACAGGUAAAGACACGGCCCCAUGUCAACUAGCACACUAACCUGCCCACAUGUGCAGGAAGAACCAGCUGCCUGUGACAUCAUGGACCUCAUUAUUAACAGUUUUUAAUGUGAUCUCAGCACUAUAACCUUCUCACACGCAGAAUUAACUAAACUGUUUGGCAGUGAUGCAGACUGCACCUCAUUCUUUCCUCGAGCUAACCGCGUUUCCGCAACUAACCGUUCUUCCCCAGAGUUAGACAUAACUUCAGCACAGAGAGUAGCGAGAAUAAAGGUUUUAUCUAGUUUAUCUAAUUAUUCUGUUAAGGUGGAAAUUAAUUAAUCAAUCCUGAAAUAUCGACAAUCAUUUUACAAGAUAAGGCAACAAAGUUUUAUUUACCUUGUUAGAAGCUCUAUUUGCCUGAAUUUGGGCCAAAAGGAGGAAAUUAAAAUGAGACAUUUGAGUAAAACAGAGAGAAGAAUGUAGAGCAAGUAAAACAUCCAUUUUGUUAGAAAGACUUUUUAAAGAUAUUGUCUAAGAAUGAGAGCGUGGGACCGAUCUCUACGGUGUGACGCAAUCAGUGAAAGAAAACCAAGAUGGUCGCCAUGGAGGCAGAAGAAGAAAUGUUUUCAUUUAUUCUGCAAGAUGAAGGGGCGCCGUUAAUAAGCGUAACUCAGCUCCGGGUUUUUUCCCAGAAACGAACAAACGUCCGUCUCCAGACAAGACUCUGCUUGCUGGCAAAGAAUCAGCUUAAAGAGAAAAAACAUCUCAAUUUAACAGAAUUUAGUCCAGAUAAGGAUCCAUGAAGGAAAGUUAACAUCCUGGAAGCUUGAAAACAUCUCCAGAAAAUGUUAGCGAUUGAGCUUUUAACCUUAGCUAACCAUGCACCAAUGCUUGUGUGUCCUGCACAUGUGUCUAUGUGUCCAUGUGAACCAUUUCCAGUACUCCGUGUUUGAAACAGUCAUGAACCUGUUGGAAAUCAGCCCUGGCCUGCUGCUGUGGUACGGAGGAGGAGGCGCCGUCAUCUGUCGGCCAUUGGAACGGAGAAAUUAUUGGGACUAAAGACGCAGACCUAUAAAAAACAGAUUUAAUCAGUUAAAGAUGCAGGUUAUGGAUGAUCCACGGGUUCAUGACUGAUCACCUUACAUCUGUAACAAGAGUCUGCAUGGGAAGGCUGAACUCAAGCACAGCAGCGUUUAAACUCAUGAGUUUCUUUCCAGUUUUUUAUCAGAUAGUGAAUCAUCUAAGAGCAGCUUUAGGCGCCUUCUGAUUGAAUCAACUUUCAUUUAUAUAGUUUUAUCUUCACAUGUAGAGUUAAAGCAUCCAAGAUGGCGUGGCUCAGAGGGAGACCAGCUUAGCAGCCAACAGAUGGGCGCCAUCUAGUUUCUUUAAAGAGGAAACUUCUGUUAGAACUUUAGUUAUUAGAGUAUUAAGUUCUGAUGAUAAUUAGUGUUGCGUCGAUGCCAUUUUUUGGCCCCGAUACCCGAUACCUGGCUGUGCAGUAUCGGCUGAUACCGAUACCAUAAUAAUGUAAAAUAAUGUCCAUCAUGGCUUCAUGUCAAGCUUCUGCCUUCCUUUGUGACGCAGGAAAAAAUCUACUACAAAGUGAAUCCUGUAGAACUUUUUAUUGCCUACCAGGAGUGGGUGACAAUAGUUGAAUAAACUUUUGGCUCUUAAAAUGGUAUCAGUGCCCUAUUUGUUGGUACUCGCGAUACUGAUACCACCAUUUUAGGGCAGUAUCGGGGCCCCGUCCGAUACUGGUAUCGGUGCAACACUAAUGAUAAUAGAGGGAAAAUGGCGCCCCAUUAGCUGCAUACUAACUUUGUCUAUAAAGUAGCAGCCAUUCAAAAUGGCCCUUCCCAGUUAAAAGCAGCCGAAUGGCAACAGAAUCCCCUCCAACUUCCAGCCCCUGUCCUUCUCCUGGGCAUGCAUAUUUAUUUACUCUGACUCCGACCUUUCACUGAAUUACAGGGUCUGACCAGGAGAUGGCGCUUCUCUUUAGGACCAGCUAAGGUCCUUUGUACUAAAAUGUUCUUUCUGUCAUGAUUUGUGGACAUUAAGAUCUAAAGAGUAGCGCCAUCUCCUGGUUAGGACCAGCCAAGGGCCCAUCAGGGAAAAUGUGGUUAUUUAGAAUGGCUACUAUUGAACAAGUAAAUUUCUUCAAUGAAAACGCCAAUAAAAAUAGAUGCUUUGGACUAAAGGAAGCCAGAUGACAGGAGGAGGUGUCCUUGGUUCAGCCUACAUGCAGUAUGACCUGUUUUCCAAUGUUGUUGAUUCAUUGACUCUGUUUCUACACACAUGCAGCGAUUUGCUAACUUUGAUUGAUGUCUGUGUCACUGUCUCAGUAGAGUAUUUACUUUCACUAUUCCCAUGUUCUUCUGUUUUUCUGUUUCUCUCC